AUGGCUGCAAUCAAAGAUUUCGUACGCGAGCACAACAGCUCGACCCGUCUCGCGGGUCUCGGCCAACAUAUCGCUUUGUUGGCCAUAGCCAUUCUCCUCGUCUAUCUCACAUCAACAGCUGUCUACAGGUCAUUUUUCCACCCACUUGCUAGAUAUCCUGGCCCGUUCCUAGCCAAACUUACUCCCUGGUGGGAUGUCUAUCACGCCUAUAAGGGCGACAAGCAUCUUCUCUUCCACCGUCUCCACGAGCAGUAUGGCGACUUUGUCCGCUAUGGCCCCAAUACCGUCUCUAUCAACAACCCUGCAGCCCUCAAAGCCAUUUACGGCCACCGUGCCAAUGUUCGCAAGUCCGAUUUCUAUCUCUCCUUUCCCGCCGUGCCUGGCGCCUUUUCCACGCACACAGCCCUCGACCUCAAGAUGCACGCACGCAAGCGCCGUGUCAUGUCUCAUGCCUUCUCCGACUCAGCGUUGAAGGGCGUCGAGGAUUUUGUUCUCGAGCAUGUUUCCGCCUAUAUCAACGCGCUCACUGACCGCUUCAAUCGAUCCAACACUGCUCCCCAUUCCGACAAGUGGACCACACCCAAGAACAUUUCCACAUGGAGUACCUACCUUGGUUUCGACGUAAUGGGUGACCUGGCCUUUGGUAGCGGCUUCGGUAUGCUGACAGGCACGAAGCCUGCCAAUCGUGACGCACCGGUUCUCCUUAUGCAGGCUGCUAAACGCCACAACACGACAGGACCGAUGCCCUGGCUGCAUCAGAGUGGAGUCGACCGCAUCCUAUUCCGCAAGCUCAAUCUUGACCGCGAUCAAUAUCUCGCCUUCAGCCGUAAUCAGGUCGGCGAGCGUAUGGCCUCGGGUGCGCUGGAUAGCAAGCGUAAGGACUUCUUCUACUACCUCCUACACUCCAAGGAUCCCGAGACUGGAGAAGGUUUCAGCAAGAAAGAACUAUGGGGUGAAAGCAACACUUUGAUCAUCGCGGGUUCCGAUACUACUUCCACGACGCUGACAUCGACGAUCUUCUACCUGCUGCACAACCCUGCCACUCUGGCGCGGCUGCAGCAAGAGAUCCGUGGCGCAUUUGAGUCCGUUGAAGAGAUCCGUGCUGGGCCUACGCUAAACGACUGCAAGUACCUCCGUGCCUGUAUCGACGAGGCCCUGCGCAUGAGUCCGCCCGUUGGUGCGAUCCUGCCUCGUCAGACGCUGGCGGGCGGCAUUGACAUCCUUGACCAUCACAUUCCGGAAGGCGUCGGUGUGGGCUGUCCAAUCUAUGCACUGCACCACCACCAGGAUUACAUACCGGCGGCAUUCGAUUACAAGCCGGAGCGAUGGAUAAAAGGAGAGUGCGAUGAGAAGGAGAAUGAGGCCUUAUUGAGCGUAUUCAACCCCUUCAGCAUCGGCAGCCGAGGUUGUAUCGGCAAACCAAUGGCCUAUAUGGAGUUGUCCCUUGCAUUGGCCAGGUUGCUAUGGAAGUUCGACAUGCGGUUGCCGGAAGGAAGCUUGAAGCACGCAGGCGAAGGGCGACGAGGAUUAGGUCAGGGAAGAGAGAGGUCAAGCGAAUUUCAGAUGUGGGAUAUUUUCGUCAGCGAUAAGGAUGGGCCGUACGCCGAGUUUCGGGAACGCAGCGACUGA